UGGAAACCCAGAUGCCUACAGAGGCCAGACUGGUGGGAUGAAGCAGGAGGCCACUGCAGUGAACCGGAAAUCCAAGUCCUGUCCAGAGGAGCAGCUUCUGCACUGCUCCAGAUAAUUGUGGCAGGGCAGGAAUGUUGACGUAGUGUUACCACAUUGUCUAGUUUCUCAGGCUACAUUAUUGGAAUUUUGAAGUCAUGAAAGCUUCAGAUGAAUCAACCUACAACACCGUGGAUUCAUAUUGGAAAAUAAAGAGAAAGUUUAAAGAAUGUGGCCUAUAAAUGCGGGUAGUACCUGAAAGUAUUAACUGACUCAUGCUGUAAAAAUAAGACCAAUUCUAAAGAGUAGAGAUUAUUAUAGUCCAACUUCAAGUUUCAAGACAAAGUAAAGACUACACUCCUCCCUCCCCCACUUCAGACAGGUACCAGCAUAGGUGAAUUAUGAUCUUCCCUAGUUGGAAAUACUCAUUUUUGCCCAUGUAAACCAUGCCUAGGAAUUAAAUAUUGGUUAUUUAAUGUAGGUUAUAAUGGAAAACUGAUUUUCGCAAUGGCAGAUUUCAAGGACUUAGUUCCAAACUGAGCUGAAGCUUCCCAAUGCACUUGGUACAGGCUGGGGAAAGCUGUGCUGCACUGGCCCAUUUUUGAAGGCCAUCAUGCUCUUUACUAUAAGGAUAUCAUCUUACUGCUGAUAUCUUUGGAGCGUCCCAAGCAGACACAGAAAAUGAAUGGAGGCAAAGAGUGUGACGGAGGGGACAAGGAAGGAGGUCUUCCUGCAAUACAAGUUCCUGUGGGUUGGCAACGACGCGUGGAUCACAAUGGAGUACUUUACAUCAGUCCCAGUGGUUCUUUGUUAUCUUGCUUGGAGCAGGUUAAAACAUACCUGCUUACUGAUGGAACAUGCAAGUGUGGCUUGGAAUGUCCUCUUAUUCUUCCCAAGGUAUUUAAUUUUGAUCCUGGAGCUGCUGUGAAGCAGAGAACUGCAGAAGAUGUUAAGGCAGAUGAAGAUGUCACAAAGCUAUGCAUACAUAAGAGGAAAAUCAUUGCAGUGGCCACGCUCCAUAAAAGCAUGGAAGCCCCACAUCCUUCUCUGGUCCUUACCAGUCCUGGAGGAGGAACAAAUGCAACUCCUGUAGUACCUUCACGGGCAGCCACUCCAAGAUCAGUAAGAACUAAAUCUCAUGAAGGAAUUACAAAUUCUGUAAUGCCAGAAUGUAAGAAUCCUUUCAAGUUAAUGAUUGGGUCAUCUAAUGCCAUUGGAAGGCUGUAUGUACAAGACCUGCCAGGAAGCCAACAGCAAGAACUCCACCCUGUCUAUCCCCGGCAGAGAUUGGGCAGCAAUGAGCAUGGACAGAAAUCUCCAUUCCGUGGCAGCCAUGGAGGCCUGCCCAGCCCAGCAUCAUCAGGUUCCCAGAUCUAUGGAGAUGGCUCAAUCUCUCCAAGGACUGAUCCUCUUGGAAGCCCUGAUGUCUUCACAAGAAAUAAUCCUGUUUUUCAUGGAGCUCCCAAUUCCAGCCCUAUUCACCUGAAUAGGACUCCUCUUUCUCCACCUUCAGUAAUGCUACAUGGUUCUCCUGUACAGUCAUCCUGUGCAAUGGCUGGAAGGACUAAUAUACCUCUUUCCCCAACCUUGACUACAAAGAGUCCAGUAAUGAAAAAACCAAUGUGUAAUUUUUCAACUAACAUGGAAAUACCACGAGCAAUGUACCACCACAAACCACCCCAAGUCCCACCUCCCCCUCCUCCACCUUCUUGUGCUCUUCAGAAAAAGCCAUUAACAUCUGAGAAAGAUCCACUUGGCAUUCUUGACCCUAUUCCUAGUAAACCAGUGAAUCAGAACCCUAUUAUCAUUAAUCCAACCAGUUUCCAUUCAAAUGUCCACUCUCAGGUACCUGUGAUGAAUGUAAGCAUGCCUCCUGCUGUUGUUCCUUUGCCAAGUAAUCUUCCUUUGCCAACUGUAAAACCUGGUCACAUGAAUCAUGGGAGUCAUGUACAAAGAGUUCAGCAUUCAGCUUCAACCUCCCUGUCCCCUUCUCCAGUGACAUCCCCAGUGCACAUGAUGGGGACUGGAAUUGGAAGGAUUGAGGCAUCUCCCCAAAGAUCACGCUCAUCUUCCACAUCUUCAGAUCAUGGAAAUUUCAUGAUGCCACCUGUAGGACCCCAGGCCACUUGUAGUGGCAUGAAAGUUCCACCCAGGUCACCAAGGUCAACAAUAGGUUCCCCAAGGCCAUCAAUGCCAUCAAGCCCUUCUACCAAGUCCGAUGGACAUCAUCAGUACAAGGAUAUCCCUAACCCAUUAAUUGCUGGAAUGAGUAAUGUACUAAAUCCCCCAAGCAGUGCAGCUUUUCCCACUGCACCUGCUGGAAAUGGUUCUGUAAAGAGUCAGCCUGGUUUGCUGGGAAUGCCUUUAAAUCAGAUCUUGAACCAGCACAAUGCUGCCUCCUUUCCAGCAAGUAGUUUACUCUCAGCAGCAGCCAAAGCACAGCUAGCAAAUCAAAACAAACUUGCUGGUAACAACAGUAGCAGCAGUAGCAAUUCUGGAGCUGUUGCCAGUAGUGGCAACACCGAAGGACACAGCACUUUAAACACCAUGUUCCCUCCUACUGCCAACAUGCUUCUCCCAACAGGUGAAGGUCAAAGUGGUCGAGCAGCAUUAAGAGAUAAGCUGAUGUCUCAGCAAAAAGACUCAUUACGGAAAAGAAAACAGCCACCUUCCACAGUGUUGAGCUUGCUCAGACAGUCUCAAAUGGAUAGUUCUGCAGUUCCUAAACCUGGACCCGACAUGCUAAGGAAGCAGGGUCAGGGUUCUUUUCCUAUCAGUUCAAUGUCUCAGUUACUGCAGUCUAUGAGUUGUCAAAGCUCUCACUUGAGUAGCAAUAGUACCCCAGGUUGUGGGGUCUCAAAUACUGCUUUGCCUUGCUCUGCUAACCAGCUGCAUUUUACAGAUCCUAAUAUGAACUCCAGUGUUCUUCAGAAUUCACUGACCCAGAACAUACCUUUAAGAGGGGAAGCUGUGCACUGCCACAAUGCAAACACUAACUUUGUUCACAGUAACAGUCCAGUCCCCAACCACCAUCUUGCAGGUUUAAUAAAUCAGAUUCAGGCUAGCGGGAACUGUGGGAUGCUCAGUCAGUCGGGCAUGGCUUUAGGAAACUCAUUACAUCCCAAUCCACCUCAGCCAAGAAUUUCAGCGUCCUCCACUCCAGUGAUACCAAACAGCAUUGUUAGCAGCUAUAAUCAAACAAGUUCUGAAGCAGGUGGUUCAGGCCCAUCGUCCUCCAUAGCUAUAGCUGGCAGCAACCACCCUGCCAUCACAAAGACAACAUCUGUUCUCCAAGAUGGCGUCAUAGUCACCACUGCAGCUGGACCCCCACUUCAGAGUCAGCUGCCCAUUGGGAGUGAUUUUCCUUUUGUUGGCCAGGAGCAUGCACUUCAUUUUCCAUCCAACAGCACUUCAAACAACCAUCUUCCACACCCCUUGAACCCCAGCCUCCUCAGUUCUCUACCUAUCUCUUUGCCAGUGAAUCAACAGCAUCUCCUAAACCAGAAUCUAUUAAAUAUCCUCCAGCCUUCAGCAGGAGAAGGCAAGUCUGAGAUCAACCUCCACCCUUUAGGUUUUCUCAACCCCAAUGUAAACGCUGCUUUAGCUUUUCUCUCCGGUGACAUGGAUGGGCAGGUCUUACAGCCUGUCCACUUUCAGCUUUUAGCAGCCCUGCUGCAGAACCAAGCCCAAGCAGCUGCCAUGCUUCCCCUGCCAUCUCUCAAUCUGAACAUCUCAGAUCUUUUGCAACAGCAAAAUACCCCGUUACCCUCAUUAACGCAGAUGACAGCCCCACCAGACCAUUUGUCAAGUAAUCAGUCAGACAACAGCCGAGCUGAGACCCUUUUAACCAGUCCCCUGGGGAACCCCUUACCGGGCUUUACAGGCAGUGACACUACUUUUAACCCCCUACUCCUCCCAGCUGUCACUGGGGCCUCAGGAUUAAUGGCCUUGAAUCCCCAGCUGAUGGGAGGUGUCCUGAACUCGGCAUUGGCCAACACCGCUAAUCAUCCAGAGGUUUCCAUAGCAACCUCCCAGGCAACCACUACCACAACCACUACAUCAUCAGCAGUGGCAGCACUGACUGUCUCAACACUUGGUGGGACAGCAGUGGUGUCAAUGGCAGAAACAAUGCUGAAUAUAUCUAAUAAUGCUGGGAUUACACCUGGUCCAGCUAAACUCAACAGUAACUCUGUGAUGCCACAGCUACUUAAUCCUCUACUGGGGACAGGUCUGCUUGGUGAUAUGUCAUCAAUAAACAGUACUUUGAAUAACCAUCAGUUGACUCAUCUGCACUCACUGUUAAACAACAAUCAGAUGUUCCCUCCAAAUCAGCAACAACAACAACUUCUCCAGGGGUACCAGAAUCUGCAGGCCUUCCAAGGACAAUCCACAAUGCCUUGCCCAGCUAACAAUAACCCAAUGGCUUGUUUGUUUCAGAACUUCCAGGUGAGAAUGCAAGAAGAUGCAGCUCUUCUAAACAAAAGAAUAAGCACUCAGCCGGGGCUCACUGCACUUCCUGAGAACCCCAACACUACACUUCCACCUUUCCAAGAUACACCUUGUGAAUUGCCACCGAGGAUUGAUCCAUCUCUUGGUCAGCAGGUGAAGGAUGGCCUCCUUAUGGGUGGCCAGGGGGAUGCCUCCGUAGAUGCCAUUUACAAAGCAGUUGUCGAUGCAGCCAGCAAAGGAAUGCAGGUUGUCAUCACCACUGCUGUCAACAGCACGACUCAGAUCAGCCCUAUUCCAGCCCUGAGUGCCAUGAGUGCCUUCACUGCCUCUAUUGGUGACCCAUUGAAUCUCUCCAGUGCUGUCAGUGCGGUCAUUCAUGGACGGAACAUAGGAGUGGACCCAGACAGCAGACUGAGGAAUGCAAGAGGGGCUCGGCUGCCCAAGAAUCUAGACCAUGGGAAAAACACAAACGAAGGAGAUGGGUUUGAAUAUUUCAAGUCAGCAAGUUGCCACACAUCCAAAAAACAGUGGGAUGGGGAGCAGAGUCCCAGAGGAGAAAGAAAUAAGUGGAAGUAUGAGGAAUUCUUAGAUCAUCCAGGCCAUAUCCACAGUAGUUCUUGUCAUGAAAGGCCCAACAAUGUCUCUACACUGCCAUUUCUACCUGGUGAACAGCACCCAAUACUGUUACCACCAAGAAACUGUCAGGGGGAUAAAAUUCUGGAGGAAAAUUUCAGGUAUAAUAACUACAAAAGAACUAUGAUGAGUUUUAAGGAGAGACUAGAAAACACUGUGGAAAGAUGUGCACACAUUAAUGGGAACAGACCUCGACAAAGUCGGGGCUUUGGAGAGCUCCUGAGCACUGCAAAGCAAGACCUAGUCCUAGAGGAGCAGUCUCCAAGUUCCUCCAACAGUUUGGAAAGUUCUCUAGUCAAAGACUACAUCCAUUACAAUGGAGACUUUAAUGCCAAAAGCAUGAAUGGGUGUGUGCCUAGCCCUUCAGAUGCUAAAAGCAUUAGUAGUGAAGAUGACCUAAGGAACCCAGACUCCCCCUCUUCAAAUGAGCUGAUACAUUAUAGACCAAGGACGUUCAACAUGGGCGACUUGGUCUGGGGCCAAAUCAAAGGACUAACUUCCUGGCCUGGGAAAUUAGUAAGAGAAGAUGACGUUCACCAUUCAUGUCAACAAAGCCCGGAGGAAGGGAAGGUCUGGGUAAUGUGGUUUGGUCUUCAUACCUUCACUCAGGUGGAGCCCGAGAAAUUGAAGACACUCACUGAAGGUUUGGAAGCCUACAGCCGUGCCCGGAAAAGGAACAGAAAAAGUGGAAAACUGAACAACCAUCUAGAAGCUGCUAUUCAUGAGGCCAUGAGUGAACUGGACAAAAUGUCUGGGACUGUUCACCAAAUCCCACAGGGAGACAGACAAAUGAGACCCCCCAAGCCCAAGAGGAGGAAGAUCUCCAGAUAACAGAGACUACUCCUCUAACACGCAGUGUUUAUCAUAGGAGCAUUCACAGAUACAUCUGUAUAUAGGUGUGUUGAUAUGGCCACUGUUAUAUCAAUAUUUAGACUAUGGCAGAUUGCUACCCCAUGACAGGGUGCUAAAAGGGACAAUGAUAGAGAAGUAUUUUGAUCAGGAAAGGAUAAUGAAUGCUGGAAAAAUCUAAUCAAAACCCCUGUAUGAUGAGAGUGAUAAAUGGUCAAGAGAUUGCUGAGAAACUUUUUCUAUAAUACAAAAAUUGUGAUUAUAAGAAAUAGUCCAAAUGUUUCUGAAGAAUUUUCAAUGUUGUAAAUAGAAAAUACAGAAUUUCAUGGUGAUAUAAGAAAUGUAAAUAUUGUAUAAUAUUGUCAUGUACAAGCGUACCUAAUGCACACUUUAUCUUUUAUUGUACAAAGAAAUAGUGUACAAAAUUCUUUGGUUUCUAUGGAGUACACCUACCAGAGACUACCAGUGUAAAGUGAUAAAUAAAAAUACAACCUAAAUGCUUUUCUAUGAUAAUGUAAAAGAUGCUGUUUUUGUAUUUAACAGCAGAGAGAAGGCAUGAUGAUAUAAUAUCUGAAUCAUGACACACACUUCACACCACUGAGUGUUCAUUUAUAUUGUCUCUCUUGAACAAACCUUGCCUGGAAGCACUGGACUCAGUUUUGGGUAUAUCAGAACUUUCAGCUUUGUAAAUUUUGUAAGGGAUGAAGGCUCACAGUUCUAAAUUAAGAAUUCAGAAACUGCAGCCAUUUGUGACAGAAUAGGCUUUAUUAAAAAAAACUUAUAUGAACCAUUUUACUCAAUCAUUUAUGUAGCUGAUAUUUAAUUUUAUUCAAUCAUUUAUAUAAUUAAUAUUUGAUAGCCACCUAUUGAACUAGAUAGCUUACCACCAAUGAUUCUCAAAAUUAAGAUUUUUUUCUGUGAAUAAUAUCUGACAAGGCAAAACUUUCCAUCUCUACACAUGGAGGCAAAUGCUGCACUUUGAAACCAUAACAGAGGCAAGCCUGAUUAUAGUUAAGAUUUUUUGUAGUGGCAAAAAUAAAUACAUAAGCAAAUUUCAUAUCCAUAUUAAUUCAUCAGUAUUUCUUAACCCAGAAGUUAAGGUGGCUUAUAAAAUUAAUAGUAAUGGUAGUUUUUAUCAGUAUUAUAUAACAUAUCAGAUUUAUUUUAUUUAAAGAAUUAUUUAUAUCAUUCACAGAUUCUUAUAUAUAUCAUUGUGGCUGAAAUAUACAAAUUAAAUACAUUCACAAAGCUAUUUAUGUUAAGAAAAAUGUGAAACAAACAUAGAAAAGUACUACAUUACAAUUAUACAAACCCAAAACUGUGAGCCUUUUAAAGUACCAAGUAAUUAACAAGAAAUGUAGCACAACAUAAUUUUCCAUCUUUUUUCACAAUUCUUGUAGUGGUGGUAUUCCUUAUCUUCCAGACAGUUGGCAGAGUUUUAGGCCAUGUGAAUUAGAGAUUGUUAAAGAAGGGAUCCAUUAUUCCUUCUCUUGAAAACAUCAGCUCUCACCCCAAACCACCAGAGAGUACUGCCUGUCCUUUGGCCCAGGCCUCCUCUGCUGCCCAAAACUUAGCUGCUGGGAGAUUUUCCUGAGAAGGCUCUGGACCCCAGAUACUACCACCUUCCCACUUCUCUCAGACUCCUCAGUCCAAUCAUGUGGCAGAGUUCUGGUUACUGAGGAAAAAAGAAAACCAAGGUCAUUACUCAAAUAGUUUCUUGGGCUAUAGCAACAUAGCACACCAUGUGGGCUGGCUUUUGAUAGUAACAGUUCUGAGUUCUUCUCCCAGGUUUCCUGUGUCUCUCUGUCCCUUCUGCUCCCACACCGCCCCUUGCCCUCAGACCCUGAUGGGAUACAACCAGCUCUAUAGGUCUCAAUGGAAGCUGGAGUAAUUCCUUCAGGGGGUAAGUCCACUUCCUCUUCUGUGCACUGGUGAUGGGGUGCCUGCUCAGUCCUUCCUAGAGUCACAUGAAAUAAUCUUUUGUGUAAUUCAGUGGACAUGUUUUUGGUACAAGUUGAUAUGUUUGGUAUGUUUAAGACAUUUUUUUUUGCAUCAACCUGCUUUCCUUUUAUUUUAUGUUCAUAUUUGUAUUUAUUCACAGACAUGUAUGUGUCUGCAUGUAUUAUGUAUUGGUUUACAGAAGACGUUUUCAUCUUUUGGCUUUCCAUCUUCAGACGGAGUUAGCCAUCCCUUCUUUUGGGCAUUUUGAGUGAAUCUUGUUUGUAUUUCUUCACCAUUAUGCAUGUUACAUCAGCAACCAUGUAUAAAGUAGGUGUCUACCCAUGAUCUCACAGGUCGCUUAUGGCGUUGCUGUGAGCGCUAGGUGCAUUUGUCUCAAUCCACUCGGGCUUUCCUCUCUCACAGUGGAUGGGUUCAUGUAAGCAGUGAAUGUAAAUAUUGUCAGUAUUUUAGGUCGUGCAGUGCUGUGAUAUUUUUUAAGUGUUGCAUCUCCUUUACAAUUAAAACAUUGGUCACUCAUGCUUCACUUCUGCCCAUAGAGCCAUUUCAUUCUCAUUGUACUGAAGCCAAAUCAUUUUUAGUGAAGGCUAGACUUUCUAUGUUAGUAAUUUUUUUUUUAUUUCCUAAAGUAACCUUCUUAAAAGAAGAAAAACCCAAAUAUGAAAAGAGAAGGAUUUUUGUGUUUUUUUGCUCCUUUAAAGACCAUAAUUGUCUCUGCUAGAAAAGGAAAUCUAAUUUAUUUUGUGGCCCUGGACAGUUGUAGGGCACAUAAGGAGAAUAACUACAUAUUUAAGUAGUUUAUGAGUAAAAAUUAACUGAGAGGCUCUUCAGAGUGUGAUUUAUCCUGUUCAUAGAAUUACAAAUAAUCCACAACUUUUAAAAUGUCUAUUUAAAGGAAUAUUUUUGGCUUGUACUUUUCAGUUGCAUUGUUAAUGAAGAUGCUUGAAGAACAAUCAUCCUCAUGGUGCCAUGAGCCGCAGCUAGUCAUUUAUUGACACUUUGACUUGGAGUCUUGCUGGGCCUGUUCUUUUAAGUAAAUGUAGUCUUCUUACAGGAACAUACAGCUACAGAAUUGUGGGAGGAGCAGAAGCCUCUGUUGUAUGUUAGCUUGUUUUUGUUUUUGUUUUGUAAGUUUAGUAAAGAUUCCCUUAUCGUAUUAGUUGAUUCUUUUUCCAUUGUAGACCAUGAUGGCACAUUGGUGUGAACUUUGGUUCUUCCAUGCAGUUUGCAGUGUCCCCUUAUAAGUCAGAAGCAAUUCUACAUUAGGAUCUUAAAAUCCAAGCUGCUUGGGAUGGUGGUGGCACAGCUCUUUCUGGCUGAAAGCCAAGAUUCUAGACCUCACUGAAAAUCUAGUGUAUUGUUUUUAUUUGUUGGUUUAUUUGUUUGUUUGUUUGGGGUGGGUUGACCAUUUAUGUCCAAAUAAUACCAUGAGAAACUCAAAGUUUUUCAGUAUAGUUUGCAAGUUUUACAUUACUCAAUCCAUUCUGAGGAUAUGAACAAAAGAUGUCAACCAGUCAUGGCUGUAAAACUGAAUGAAUUUAUCUUUUUCUUUCAUUCAUUCUUAUCACAUUUGCAUUAGCCAAAGAGUUAAUAGCAUUAGGAAUUCAUAUGUGUAAACAACCCAGAAGUGAGUAUUAAGUCAGUGAGCCAAAAAGCAAUAAACAACUCAAGCAUGAGAAAUCUUGCUAACAGUGGGGAGUCUGAUAUAGAAAAAAAUAUAUAAAAACUAUUAUCUUCAAAUAUGAAAAAUUAAUUUGUAUCUACUGUAAAUGUGUAUGAUCAGCCUUAUCUGCUUUAUACACACUGUGUGUGUGCCUCAGUGACCUUUUAUAAACCUGAAAAGUGGUUGAUUUAUUAAUUUGUUAUGUAAAUAUAAAGUUGUCUAUAAAUUGGAAAGUUUGAUGCCA